ACCACUCCUAACAUCUAGAUAAGACGAAAGGUCACACUCGUGCUAACAUUAGUUAGUCUGCUAUCUUGUCUUUCUGUGCGGAGUCGCAACAAUGAAGACGUGUCUACGCUUAUCGGGAAUAAUUGUUGCUGUUGCGUUGGUGACAGCAGAAUCAAAGUUACUCCCCAACAUGCAAUCUUGCACUACAGACUCAGACUGCAGUCCGGAACAGUGCUGCAUUAUAAACACCGGACAAAUCAUAAUGAGCAAAAGAUUCGCUCCAGGUAUCUCCAAAUCUUCAAGCGCUUGUACCAACUACCUGCGCGUGAAUGACACCUGCGCAGGCGCAUGGAGGAUAUUUGGCUCGUGUGGGUGUGGCCCUGGUCUGUACUGCCACUACUACCCGGAUGAAAAACCUACAGUCGGGAAACGAGGCGUAAAGGGCUGGGAGAAAAAGAGAAAAAUCCUCGCCCCCGGGCGAUACGUGUGUGAGGUCGACAACCGUCCGACACAACCGCCAAGGAGUUAAUUAACCAGUGUGUGUGAAAACUGGGUCAAUAAAACAAGUUACAAUGGU